AUGGUCAGCACUGGUAAACUUAAUGAACAACGAAUACUAAAUAAAGUCCAAUUGGAAAGUGUCGACAACCUCAUCCGGAUGUGGGAGGACAUCUGCGACUGCGACAGGGGCGUGGGAGGGUUUGUGGCGGUGGGCGGCGGCGAUGGCAGCGGCAGCGGCGGCGGCGACGGAAACGGAAACGUCGGUGGCGGACACGUCACAUUUCUUGAUGCUGGCCUCGCGCAUCUCGCUAAACGUUUGUUGCGUGUUGCUGCUGGGUCCGGCCGUCUGGCUGGUCACAGCUGCUUCCUGGACGGGGGCGUCGACCACCGCUACCCUCUGCCGCCGGAAGGCAGGGGAGGAGGCGGUGGCGGCUCGCUUUCCAUUGUGCCUUCGCCCUCCGAGUCGGAGCUGAGCAGGCGUUUCUCUCCGGCGCUACCUGCGCUGGCCUCGGCCGGGGCCGUGACGGCGGCAGGGGGGUGGGGGAGCCGCUGGGCUCUCCGUGGCGGCGGCUGUCGGGGCUGCCGCUUCCGCUGUCGCUUCUGUGGCUGCUACGGCUACGACCGGCUCUUUGUUUAA